AAAACCCUACCGUUUUGGGGUGGAGCAGAGACGGAGGGCGGUAGUUGCAGAGGGAGAGGGAUUGCAGAGAGGGAGAGAGAGAGAGAAAUUGCAGAGAGGGAGAGAGGGAUUGGGAUGGAGAGACGAAAGCUUCAAUCCCCUCUUAUAGACGCUUAUCAAUGGUGGUCGUUGGUGUAGUAAAUGGCGGUCGUUGGUGCGGUAAAUGAAGCUCUGAUGCGGUAAUAGUGUUCUAGUAUGUGGAUUGGCUGCACUGCUGCAAGGAGUGCUGGAGUUCCUUCAAUGGCUGGUGCUCCUUCUUCAUUGGCUGGAGCUUAAUGGUGGUUGGUGAGUUGAUACUUUUGUGAGGAACGAUGAAUUUUCUGCUGCGGACUGCACAUUCUGCAGCUCCAGAUCAGCCAAUUAUUCAAGAACUCCCUUCAGACACCCAAUUGUUACCCAAACCAGCAACUACUCUAGAGGGUCUUAUUGCUGAAGAUCCAUUUCCAAAGUCUGGUACAGAGGAAGAUGAUGAUAGAGACAUUGAUGGAGUCGGAGUUUCAAAUGGGAGUGUUGCUGCUCCAGUUGCAAAGAACUAUGUUCCAAUUGAAAACCACUCUGAUGUUACUGAAGAUGAAGGAUGGAUAACCAUUCCAUACAAGGAGCUUCCUGAAAAUUGGAGCGAUGCUGAAGAUAUAUGGUCAUUUUGCCACUUGGACCGUUCCUUCAUUUUUCCUGGUGAACAGCUUCAUAUACUAGCAUGUCUGUCAGCAUCCAAACAGGAUACAGAAGUUAUAACUCCAUUUAGGAUUGCUGCAGUGUUGAGUAAAAAUGGCAUUCUCGGACACAAUGCCAAGCAGCCAAAGGAAAUUGUGGGAAGUGAGUCGAAAUCUAUUGCAGAAAGAGGGGACUUGAAUGGCAUGCGUCAAGGUCCCGCUUGUCAAAGUGUAGAAGAUGAUGGUGAAACUUUAUUAGCUACAGAUAAAGUUGAUCCAAAGAAGGAUAUUUCUGUGAGUGAAUCUCUUCUUCAGAUGGAAGACCACAAACAACAGACAGAGUCACUGUUGCAAAGAUUUAAGAACUCACAUUUCUUUGUUAGAAUUGCGGAGUCUGGUGAGCCACUUUGGUCAAAAAGAAAUGCAGCAGAAUCAUCAUUGCUUAAUCCUGAGGUUGUGGGAGAAAAGUUUACUGCCAGUGAUGCUGGAAAGAGACAGACUUCAAGAAUGGAUUCUCAUCUCAGUGCAGUUAUUGAUAGAGGACAUUUUGAUGCCAAUGCAUCUGGUGGAAUUGCUAGAAAUACUGUCAGAUGCUGCUCUCUACGUAAUGGAGAUGUAGUGGUACUUUUACAAGUAAAUGUUGGGAAUAAUUUCAUGAAAGAUGCUGUUCUAGAGGUUCUUCAAUUUGAGAAGUAUGAGUCCAGUAAUAGAGCUUCUGAGAAACAUGAAAACCUAGUUGAUUCAAAUUACGAGGAUCCAUGCGGGGAGCUUCUUAAGUGGUUGCUUCCUUUGGAUCAUACCUUGCCCCCUCCAACUCGUCCACUAUCUCCCCCUACUUUGAGUUCAAGUUUAGGUGUAGGAAGUACAUCUCACAGAUAUACUGCCCCUUCCUUGUCGGGUUCCCAGCUCUUCUCUUUUGGUCAUUUUAGAAGUUACUCUAUGUCUUCACUUCCUCCAAAUAAUGCACCACCAACCUCUGUUGUUGCUUCCUCCCCUGCUAAACCCACCUUUGAACUUGAAGAUUGGGAUCGCUUCUCAUCGCAGAAACCUGUAAAGAGUCAAGAAAUAGGGAGUGAGGGGUUGCUAUCUUUUCGAGGCGUCUCACUUGAGCCAGAGAGAUAUUCUGUUCAUUGUGGGUUGGAAGGCAUCUAUAUACCUGGAAAGAGGUGGAGAAGGAAACUUGAAAUUAUCCAACCUGUAGAAAUCCAUUCUUUUGCUGCUGACUGCAACACAGAGGACCUCCUUUGUGUUCAGAUAAAGAAUGUAUCUCCUUCACAUAUACCGGAUAUUGUGAUAUUUUUAGAUGCUAUAACCAUUGUCUUUGAGAAGGCUCCAAAAGGUGGACCACCCCUAUCUUUACCAGUUGCGUGCAUUGAAGCUGGAAAUGAUCACAGCUUGCCAAAUCUUGCCCUCAGGAGAGGCGAAGAACAUUCUUUCAUUCUAAAACCAGCAACCUCGAUGUCAAAGGAUCUUAAGGCACAUGGUGAAAGUUCUUUGCCAACAUCUUCCCAGGCUGCAAGUGCAACAUCAAAUUUGCAUCCAAUUACGAGGGUUGGUGAAGGAAAAAAGGUUCCUACUAAUGCUGAUCAGUAUGCAGUACUAGUUUCAUGCCGCUGCAACUACACUGAAUCGAGGCUUUUCUUCAAGAAGCCUACUAGUUGGCGUCCCCGUCUGCCUAGGGAUCUCAUGAUCUCUGUUGCAUCAGAAAUAUCUGAACAAACUUUUGGACCUAAUGGAGGGAUAUCUCAACUUCCAGUUCAGGUGUUAACCAUUCAGGCUUCAAAUUUAACGUCAGAAGAUUUAACCUUGACAGUUCUUGCUCCAGCAUCAUUUACUUCACCCCCUUCAGUGGUUUCAUUAAAUUCUGCUCCAUCAACCCCAGCGAGCCCGUUUCUUGGUUCCUCCGAGUUCACAGCAAGAGCGAACGGGGAGAGACGUGUAACAGGCAUGCAGAAGCUGAGUUCAAUGCCUCUUGUACAAGAGAAUCAAAAGGAGAAGGGCGGCAAUGGGGGUAGAUCCAUUUCUCUUGAUGAGCAGACUGUUUCCUCUGAUGUCAUUCCAAGUACUGAUUUGGGCUGUACACAUCUUUGGUUGCAGAGUACAGUUCCUCUAGGAUGUGUUCCUUCUCAAUCAACAGCUCUUGUCAAGCUUGAGUUACUGCCACUGACUGAUGGGGUAAUCACACUUGAUACUUUGCAGAUUGCUGUUAAAGAGAAAGGCAUUCCAAUCUUUUAUCAAUAUUACAUUCAUAUAUGCCAGUUGUGUCAGGAUCUAAAGAAGGGCGCUUUGGGAUGACUUGACAUCCCUUUCCACUAUAGUGUAGGGUCCCUGGGCAGUUUGCAGAAUUUUAAUGCCAGAGUUGAAGCCGUCGAGAGAAGGAGCCGUAGAGACGGAUAUAGAUCAAGCUCUCUGGAAUUUUUAGAUGCAAUAAACAAUGUUGGCCUUCUUGAUGUAGGGUUUUCAGGAAAUUAAUUCACUUGGAGUAACAAUCAAGGUGGAACAGCUCGAGUGUGGGCUAGGCUAGACAGGGUACUCAUCAAUGCGGGCUGGUCUUCCUUGUUCCCGAGAUUCCAUGUGCAUUAUCUCUCUCGAAUAAGCUCUGACCACGCCACGUUUCUCCUGGCAUUCCCCCGUCAGUCAGCUGCUAUGCAGAAACCAUUCAAAUUUCAACGAAUGUGGAUCCAACAUGACUCAUUCAACCAGUUAGUGAAGACAGCUUGGGAGAAAGAGGAAUCAAAUCAGCCCAUAUACAACAUCUUGAUCAAGAUGAAUAGCGUCAAGGUCCUCAGAGUGCGGAAUAAAGAAGUCUUUAGAAACAUCUUUACUUAGCUGAAACAAGUGGAGCGAACUCUGGAGGAUAUUGACCAAAAAAGGCAAGAAUCAGUAGUAACCGUUGGGCCGAACAGUGAACUAUAAAGUCUUUUCAAUGAAGCUUUAACCAACCUAUCACGUUUAGAGCUGAUGGAAGAAACAUUUUGGAAACAAAAAGCUAGGAUCAGCUGUUUGGAAGCAGGAGACAGGAACACCAAGUUCUUUCAUGCAAUAACAACGGAGAGACAAAGAAGAGCCGAGAUUAGAUGUAUUGAGUUGGAGUCGGGUUAGACAAUAGAAGAUAUAACUGAGAUUAAAAGGGCAACUGUGGGCAUUUUGAAAAUCAAUUUAGAGAAAAGCCCUGCGUGACUAGAACUCUACUUCUAGAUGUUCUCCCCUCCCUAGUCUCCUAGGAGGUAAAUGACAAUCUAAUGACCAUGCCUUCGUUAUUGGAAGUCCAACAGGCUAUCUCUUCUAUCCCCUUGGAUGGAGCAGCUGGUCCAUAUAGCUUUUCAGGUGUCUUUUUCUCUACCUAUUGGACCAUCGUGGGCCAAGACCUUCUCAAAGCUGCUUCGUUCUUUUUCCAAGGCAACAAUCUUUCCAGGGAGGUCUCGGCCUCGCUGAUAUGUCUAGUCACUAAAUCAGCCACCCCGAAGAGUUUCUCAAACUUCUGGCCGAUCAGUCUCUGCAACUGUCUGUAAAAGAUUUUCUCAAAGGUUAUUAUUGCCAGGUUGAGUCAGGUGCUACUUUUGCUGAUCUUGUCUAAGCAAGGGGCCUUUAUUCAGGGGAGGUCAAUAGCGGAGAACAUAGCCAUCUCCUAGGAGUUAUUUAGGGAGAUAAAUAGAAAGGUUCGGGGCGGUAACAUAGUGCUGAAGCUAGAUAUGGAGAAUGCUUACGAUAGGUUGGACAGGUCAUUCCUCAAGCAGGUAUUGCAACAGUUCGGGUUUAGUCCCCCUUGGGUUGAGUUGGUGGAGAAAUGUUGGGCUAAUAGCUGGUUCUCUGUGUUAAUCAAUGGGGAGGCGGCAUGGUUCUUUAUAUCUUCUAUAGGUCUUCGACAGGGUGACUAGCUAUCGCCCAACCUUUUCAUCAUCAUCGCGGAAGUGUUGGAUAGGGGGCUAAAAGUGCUGGUCUCUCAGGGCCAUAGCCAGUCAUUUAAGCUUAGAACAAGGUGCCCUUUAGUCUCUCACCUUCUUUAUACGGAUGAUACUCUCCUCUUCCUAAAUGAGGGGCUCGCUUCACUGUGGGCUACGAAGGCAUUUCUGGAUUCAUACCAAGCUACCUCAGGUCAAAGCAUGAACCUUCAGAAAAGCUCCUUCAUCCAUUCUCACAAACUCCCCGCUUCCAGAGUGAGGGCCAUCGAGACAGUCCUCGAGAUUUCCUAGUCUUUAGGAGCCUUUACAUAUCUUGGAGUCCCAAUGGCCAUGGGCAGGCUUAAACCCAACGAUUUCUAGCCUCUUUUAGAUAGAGUGGAGGGGGCGUAUCAGAGGUUGACAAGUGAGAUGCCUUUCCCAGGCAGGUAGGGUAGUGCUGGUGAAACAUGUCUUGGGCAGCAUUCCAGUUCCAUGCAUUGGCAGCAGCUCACAUUCCUUUGCAAAUUCUUGUUUCUUUAGAAAGGCGUUUUGCUAACUUCUUUUGGGGAUGGGCUAAUGGAAAGAGAAAAUUACAUUGGAAAAGUUGGAAGGCAAUCACUGUGCCAAAAGAGGAAGGGGGUCUAGGCAUCAGAAAAUUGUCUGACACUAUGGAAGCACUUCGUCUGAAGAUGGCCUAGGCCAUAAAAUAUAAGGAGGAUAAAAGCCUGUGGAGCUCAUUUAUAUCAGGAAAAUAUGCUCAGGAUCUCUCUCCUUUUGGGCUUGGUAGACCGGCUGCAUUUGCUCCCCCACUAUGAAAGAGGAUUCUUGCCCUAUUCCCCACUUUGGAUUCCCUUAUGCAGUGGAAGCUUGGUGAGGGAGAGUACGGCUUAUGAAACUCAAACUGGUCGGGGCUCGGCCCUCUCCAAAACAUAGCUGUCAGUCCAAUUCCUGUAGCCUUGUUAUCGAUGAAAGCUCUCCAUUUUCUGGGUAAGGACGACCCUCUCCCUCCCUCAGUGGUCUUCAUCUUUCUUCCUCAACGAGUAGUGGAUUUCAUUAUCCAAGUUGGUUUCUGCUUAUCGUAGGGGCCAGAUGGUCCAUUUUGGUCAUUCACCUCCUUGUGAGCAUUCUCGGUUAGUUCAACCUGGGAGAAGUGCAGAACAUUCCUGCCUCAAAAUGGUUGGGUGAGAUGGGUUUGGCAUGCAAAGCUAGCCUUAAGAAUCUCUCUCUUUGUCUGGAAAGUGCUGAAGAAAGCAAUUGCAGUGGAUGAAGCAGUGCAAACUCGAGGCAUCAACAUGGCGUCUAAGUGCAUCUGCUGUGGAGACAGAACAACCCAGGGCCACUCGGCUGAGUCGAUUAAUCAUCUAUUCCUUUAUAGUUCCCUGGCAACAACAGUGUGGAAUUAUUUUGGGAGCUUAUUUGGCAUCAACGUCAUGGGGGCCUCUUCGGUUGAGAGCAGAUUAGCCCAAUGGUGGAGUGCACCCGCUGUUGGGACAACCAAAUCUACUGCUCAGAAGGUGGCCCCUUGCAUGAUCCUUUGGGAGAUCUGGAAAUCAAGAAA